AUGGGCGAGAAUGGCUUCAAAUCAGAGAGCUCCUCUUCACUGAAGGACUUCCUAGCGUCCAUUGCAUCGAUCAAGGGCGAUCUGUCCAAUAUCACCGCGCCACCUUUCGUCCUCGACACGAAGUCUGUCGUCGAGCUACCUGCCUUCUGGGCCGAGCGGCCGUCCUUGUUUGUCGCCCCGUCGGCAUCUCCGGAUCCAGCAAAGAGGGCCCUGUUGGUCCUCCGCUGGUUCCUGUCCUCGCUCAAGAACCCUGACUCCGAAUGUUCAGAGCAGUAUGGCGGGCGGUCUGAAGAGGAGGGCGUGAGGAAACCACUGAAUGCCUUUCUCGGUGAAGUUUUCCUUGCAAAGUGGGAAGAUGCCAGUGGCGAAACCACCCUGGUUUCUGAGCAGGUAUCCCAUCACCCACCGGUCACGGCUUGUCGCGUCUGGAACGAGCAACAUGGGGUCUUCGCCGAGGGCUUUACGCGCCAGGAAAUCACACUCGGUCUUGGUAAUAUCACCAUCAGGCAGCUGGGCCAUGCUUUGCUCACCCUAGAAGGACACGGUGACGAGACUUACCUCAUACCACUUCCCGAUGUCAAGGUUAGAGGGCUCCUGGCUGGACUUGCUGGCACGUACCCUGAGCUUGAGGGGACUUAUACGAUCCCUUGCUCGUCUGGGUAUUACUCCGUCGUCGAAUUCAGUGGGAAAUCUCUCCUGAGUGGCGGGGCUAAGAACGAAGUGUCGGCCAAGAUUUUCGGGCCAGGGCGAGACAGCGCAGCAGGACACGAACCGCUUUACACAGUCGCGGGCCAUUGGAACGAAUCAUUCACGGUUUACAACGGCGCGGAAGUAUCAAAGGAGGCGUCGAUAGAAACCGUCACCAUCCAGGAUCUCCCCACCACGCCACUGAAGCUUUUUGAAGAAGACCCCGGGGCUCAAGACCCUUGGGAGUCCAGACGCGCCUGGAAGGCUGUGCGCGAGGCCUUGCAGCGUAGAGACAUGACGGGCGCAGCCAAGGCCAAAUCAGCCAUCGAACAGGGGCAGCGGGCCAUGCGCAAAACCGAGGCGCGGGAAGGAAGGAGGUGGGAGGCUCUAUUCUUUACACCCGAAAAGGAAGACAGGGUAGCAACCGAACUAUAUCGCAGCAUCUUGAAGGAGUUGAAGCCGGAGGAAACUGUCGCGCUCUGGAAAUUCAACCAGGAACAAUGGAAUAAAGGUCUUCAGAGGCCGUUCCGCGGGCUGUCGUUGCCCGACAACGGUACUAGACCCGUGGAUGUGGCCCCUAUCUCCGUUGGGAGGCGAAACAUGUUCUCGGACUUGGACGAUACCGACCUGGCAUCCCCAGCAUCAUUCAAGACAGCACCGGAGUGUAAUUCGAGCAGCACACAGAAUGGGGCCGAGCCGCAGCGGGAACCUCCUGCCAUCGGCACGCCCCCGGGAAAGUACAUUCCACCCACCACUUCCGCCAGACAGAGUGUUGAGCAGAGCAGCGGUGGCCUGACUCCUUCGACUCCUUCUGUUUCUCCGUCUACACGAGGCAAGCGCCAGCGGGCGAGAGACUCUGUCGGGAAAUUCAGAAAGUCUCUGUCGUCUGGCCUCUCCAAGAUUGCCAGCCCUGUACGCUCGAGCGGUGACUCUGAACAGGCUGGGUCUCGCAAGGGGGAGUGA